CAGUUUUCUUGGAUACGUGCUUGAGUCUAAUAUAACUGUGAAAUUGUUAUCAAAAUGAUGAAGUUAAUAGUUGCCUUAACUCUUCUUCUGGCUGUGACCAAUGUAUCAGGAAAUUUCUGGAGAGAUUGUGGUGAUGGAACUCCAGCUCCUAAUUGGGUAACAUCUCCAUUUUGUGAUGCCGUUAGAUGCACAGUAACCCGAGGGGGUACAUUAUUGGGUCAGGCGCAACACACUUCACCAAGAUCAUACAGCCAGUUGAUCAUUAGAUUCACAGCAUUCGUGCUUGGUAUCCCAGUGGUUAUUCCAAAUACCCCUGGUAAUGAAAACGCAUGCACACAACUUGCAGAUGGAGUAACUUGCCCAACACCAGCGAAUACCCCUAUUGUUUGGAACAUAAAUUUACCGAUCCCCACAACAGUACCUGCCUUGAAUAACGCUCCAGUCAGAAUUGAGCUUUCCGAGGGCGGUACAUCCGUUGUGUGCGCUAUGGUUACGGCAAUAAUUUUGUAAAUAUUUUGAUGGAUAUUCUCUAACAAGAAAAACAAAUAAAUAUUGAGAAACUAAA